UUGAAACCCACAGCACCACCAAGCACCACAAUAAACCUAAAAACCUCAACUGCAACACUUUUGGAUACUCCAUUGCCACACAAGAAUAGUUGAGACCUAUAACACAGAAUGCAAACCCAGAGCCACACCACCACAGACCGACAUGGCUACAGCCUGCGCUUCUCGCCUUUCGAGGCGAACUACUUGUUGCUGGCUACAAGUCAAAUGUACGGUCUUGCUGGAGGUGGCUCCCUCUUCCUGCUCGAACAGAACUCCAACUCGAACUCCUCCAAGGAGGGCCAGCAUCUGGGGGAGCUGUGCCGCCUGGAGUGGUCCGACGGGCUGUUCGACGUGGCCUGGUGUCCCUAUGCCGCCGACAUCGCGGCCACCGCCUCCGGGGACGGGUCGCUCCAGAUCUGGUGCGGACUGGACGGGGAGUCGGCGGGCAGCCAGCAGACGCCGAAGCAGCCGCUGAUCUGCCUGCAGGAGCACAAGAACGAGGUCUACAGCCUGGACUGGGGCGAGAAGUGGAACUACCACACCCUGCUCUCCGCCAGCUGGGACUGCACCCUGAAGCUGUGGGACUGCAACAGGCAGAACUCCAUCAGCACCUUUGUGGGCCACGGCGACCUGAUCUACGGGGCCAAGUUCUCGCCCCUGAUCGCCAACCUCUUUGCUAGCGUGAGUACCGACGGACACCUUAACUUAUGGAACUCUCUUGACUUUGCAGGUAAACCCCUGAUGAGCAUCGAGGCGCAUGCGAGUGAAGCUUUGUCCUGCGACUGGUCGCACUUCGACAGGAACAUUUUGGUGACUGGAGGAUCGGAUGGCCUUGUCCGGGGAUGGGAUCUGCGCAACAUGAGGACCCACGUCUUCGAGCUGUACUCCGGGGAGUUCGCCGUCCGGCGAUUGGCCUGCUCACCGCACUCCGCUGCGGUCUUGGCAUCCGCGAACUAUGAUUUUACCACAAGGAUUUGGAAUCUGGAGCGCGGCGAGUCCGCCCAGGAGGUGAAUGCCCAGCACACGGAGUUCGUCUGCGGACUGGACUGGAACCCGCACAGGAGCCACCAGCUGGCCGACUGCGGAUGGGACUCGCUGGCCAACGUGUACACCCCGCAGUGCCUGAGCGGCGAUCUGGCCAUAUAGGGUGCAACACAACUGGAAACUGGAACUGGUACUCCCUAAAUACCGAGAAAACACAUGUGAUAAGGCGCAGUGGCGUCGAAAUAGCCAGGCCUACAAAACGGUGGACCGUGAGGACGAUAGCCGAGCUAUGUGCAUUGCCUUUAAGGAACGCUAAGGACCCGAAGACAAGGAGGAUAACGAUGACGUGUAAAUAGUCGUGUGAUAAACGCUGAACGGGCUAAAAACCCAAGCAGGUGCUUCAAAUGUCAAUAAAAGCUUACAUAUAUUAUGCGGA